GAAGUCACACACUUUUAUUGUAAGAUCUGAGUGUGUGUGCUGACCUUCCCCUUUUUCCGGGAGGUCAGGCGCUUUCGAGUUUCGUUUUACAUCAGUAUUUUCACCAGAUGGGGUUUGGUUCGUCUCACACCAAUACUCUUGAAGUUUUCUCUUAGUAUCACCGCCAUCUUAACUUUUUGUUCCCUCGUUUAUUUGGGAUCUUGCGCACUUUUCUUCGCCCGUUCUCGUUCACCAGGCUGUGAUUAAUUCCGGUGAUGAUGAGGAAGACACAGACUCCGAACCCGUUCGUUCAUGAAGUGAGACUGACAGCAGCUCGACGGAUUCAGGGGAUGAUUCUGGGCGUGGUUCUGUUUCCUGUGCGCAUCACCCUGGCCUCGCUCUUCUUCCUGCUCAUGUGGCCCGUGGCUCGCCUGCGAUUGGUCGGUCUGUCGGCGGCGGAGAGGGCGGAGCCUGUGCGGGGCUGGCGCUGGUGGCUCUUCCAGCACAUCAUGCUCUUCCUCAGCCGCGCUGCCUUCUUCUCCUUGGGCUUCCUGCGGAUCAGGGUCAAAGGUCGUCAGGCGGGACUGAAGGAGGCGCCGGUGUUGGUCGUAGCUCCUCACAGUGGGUUCCUGGACAUGCUGGUGCUGUGUGUGACCGGUCUGCCAACCGUGGUGUCACGAGCGGAGAACUGCAGACUCCCCGUCAUCGGAGCGCUGCUGGAGUUCAACCAGGCGCUGAUCGUGAGUCGAAAAGAUCCCCAGUCCAGGAGAACCUGUGUGUCUCAGAUCUGUGAGAGAGUCGGCUCCGACGCCCGCUGGCCUCAGAUGCUCAUGUUUCCUGAAGGAACAACGACUAACGGACGAGCGCUGAUUAAAUUCAAACCUGGAGCGUUUGUGGCCGGCGUUCCCGUGCAACCCGUCCUGCUCCACUAUCCUGGAGAACCGGACACGGUUCGCUGGACAUGGAGAGGCCUGACAUGGCUCGGCGCUCUGUGGCACACCACGUCUCAGAUCUACACCAGCGUCACUGUGGAGUUCCUGCCCGUGUACACGCCGUCGCAGGACGAGAAGCAGAGCCCAGAGUUAUACGCAGAGAACGUACAGAAGCUGAUGGCCGAAGCUCUGCGUGUUCCUGCCACUGAUUACGUGAUGGAGGGUCGGUGUCCUGUUCAGAAGCUGGGAAACCUCUCGCUUCCCCUGGAGCCUCCGGCACACGACACACUCCGACUGCUCCGUGAACACGGUCUCUCUCGAGCUCGUGUGGAGGCUGUGAUGAAUCAUGUGAUUGACAGCUGUCACUCAGGCCAGAGCUCCAUGGUAACGGCCGAUCACCUGACCACUCUUCUGGGGCUGAAGGACAGAAAGACGGCGGUGAAGAUCUGCUCGCUUUACUCAAAGGACGAUACGGUGGAUCUGAGGCAGAUCUGUCUGAGUGUUUCAGCUGUUUCUGAGUUCAGGAGUCUGGAGUCUCUCAUACACACUGCCUUCAAGUGGUUCGAUGCAGACCAGGACGGGUUGUUGAGUGCAGAUGAUCUGUCUGUCCUGAUGGGGGCGCUGGUGGGUGUCCCUCAGCACUCGAUCACAGAGAUGUACACGGCGCUGACCACCAGGGGGCGACCCACUGAAGCUUCUCUGCAGGACUUAUUGACAACGCAUCCAGUUUAUCGCAGAGUCUUCACCGAGUAUCUCCUCUCCAGCGGACUCGCAGACGGAAAACACAAUGGGAUUCCCAACGGAAACACCAACAGGGUUUAUAACCGUUACGGAGCGACCGAUACGAAGUCCAACUGAGGUUUCAUCGCAAUACUGGGACGAACGUCUGAAAUAUUCAACAUCUGUACCCCAAGCCAAGUGUUAGUUCUCGUUCAGUCUGACUGCACAUAUGUUAACGAGCAUGAUCUGAGCGUGAGCUGAGAAUGUAGUUCGAGGUAACCUUUAAGUGAUUUCUUUCUUGAGUGUUACUGUUUUCUGCGCUGGGAAUUAUAUUGUGAAAAUAUAGCACAACUAAUACAGAUACAGUACAGAUGUCUUUAUAUAUAAAUAUAUUUUAUCAUGAAGUCCGAAGGAUCUGUUUGUGUAUUAAAAUUUUUAUAUUUUUGUCAUUUUAAUCUUUGUUUAUUGGAAAAACCCAAGGCGUACUGUACUGCGAAGGAUUUCUGCUGAAGUGUCAUAUUUUAUACUUUAAUAUAUUAACAUUCUUAAAUGAGGACUUUAUUUGGUGUUUUGUUUUUAUGGUUUAUUAGUGUCAAGUGCUCUUUCAUCUUUUCUGAAACGUUUGUCGCUUGUACAUUGAGUUUCGGUCACGUCUACUUGCAAUCGUUGAUACACUUAUGUCGUGCGAUGAAAAUCACAAUGUAAAUCUACUCUUUUCACGUUAAUUUUGAUUAAAUCAGUUUCUUGUCCAACGA